GUGCCGGCAGCACUGCAGAGGGGUGGGCACGGCCCUCGCCAGCCCUCGGGGGCUGGGCCCGGGGGUGGGCGAAAUGCUGAAGGGGACGCUUUGAGGAUAAUCAUGCUUCGCAGAAGAACGGCACCGACCUCCAGUUGCAUUAAACACAACCUCCUCCACUAGGGCUCCAGGAAAAAAAAAAGAAAAAAGAGAAUAAUUAUAAGAAUAAUCAUUAAAAAGGCGAAAGGAAUGCUUACUCUGGAACCUGCAUUUGACGAUCCUCACCACUUGCGCUGAAUAUCCUCUGAAGUGAUUCUCUCCAGCUUUUGAAUUUGCACCGCUUCAAGACGCAAGAUUGCCACAAAGAAACCUCUAUUUUUUUUUUUACAGCCAAAUAGGAUUGUUUUUUAACUCAUUCCCCCACGUUUGCCCCCGACCCUUAUUCUUCUUAUGUGGAUAUGCAAGCAAGAAGAGGAGACUGGACAUUCCCAACAUGCUCUCUCCCUUGAUCUUUCCGUCUAGAGGUUCUGCUUCUACAAACCAAGGGAGUGUAAGAGCCGAAGAUGAGGCCCAGGGUGGAGUGCUACUCUCCAAGGUUUUGGCUGGUGCUGGCAGUCCUCGCAACAACAGGGAGCGGGGCCCAUGCCCAGAAAAGCCACCCGAGCAUUGGCAUUGCAGUCAUCUUGGUGGGGACCUCAGACGAAGUGGCCAUCAAAGAUGCCCACGAGAAAGAUGACUUCCACCACCUCUCAGUGGUGCCUCGGGUGGAGCUGGUGGCCAUGAAUGAAACAGAUCCCAAGAGCAUCAUCACCCGCAUCUGUGACCUCAUGUCAGACCGGAAGAUUCAAGGGGUGGUAUUCGCUGAUGACACAGACCAGGAAGCCAUUGCCCAGAUCCUGGACUUCAUCUCUGCCCAGACCCUCACUCCCAUCCUGGGCAUCCAUGGAGGCUCCUCUAUGAUCAUGGCAGAUAAGGAUGAGUCAUCCAUGUUCUUCCAGUUUGGCCCAUCAAUAGAACAGCAAGCUUCUGUCAUGCUCAACAUCAUGGAAGAAUACGACUGGUACAUCUUCUCCAUUGUCACUACUUACUUCCCUGGUUACCAGGACUUUGUGAACAAGAUCCGCAGUACCAUUGAGCACAGCUUUGUGGGUUGGGAACUGGAAGAGGUCCUUCUGUUGGACAUGUCCCUGGACGAUGGGGACUCAAAGAUCCAGAACCAGCUCAAGAAGCUCCAAAGCCCUGUUAUCCUACUCUACUGCACAAAGGAAGAGGCCACCUACAUUUUUGAGGUGGCCAACUCAGUGGGUCUGACAGGCUAUGGUUACACGUGGAUCGUGCCCAGCCUGGUGGCAGGGGAUACAGACACAGUGCCAUCUGAGUUCCCCACCGGGCUCAUCUCUGUCUCAUAUGAUGAAUGGGACUAUGGUCUUCCUGCCAGAGUAAGGGAUGGAAUAGCCAUAAUCACCACGGCUGCUUCUGAUAUGCUGUCUGAACACAGCUUCAUCCCUGAGCCCAAGAGCAGCUGUUACAACACCCAGGAGAAAAGGAUUUACCAGUCCAACAUGCUCAACAGGUACCUGAUCAAUGUCACCUUUGAAGGCAGGAAUUUGUCGUUCAGUGAGGACGGAUACCAGAUGCAUCCCAAGCUGGUGAUCAUCCUUUUGACCAAGGAGAGGAAGUGGGAGAGGGUGGGGAAAUGGAAGGAAAAAAAGUUGCAGAUGAAGUAUUAUGUGUGGCCACGCUUUGAGCUGUAUCCUGACUCUGAGGAACGGGAGGAUGAUCACCUGAGUAUCGUGACCUUGGAAGAGGCACCAUUUGUCAUUGUGGAGAACGUGGACCCCCUAAGUGGCACCUGCAUGAGGAACACGGUCCCUUGCCAAAAACGCAUAGUGACUGAGAACAAAACUGAUGAGGAGCCAGAUUAUAUGAAGAAAUGUUGCAAGGGGUUCUGCAUAGACAUCCUCAAGAAAAUCUCAAAGUCUGUCAAGUUCACCUAUGACCUCUACUUGGUGACUAAUGGCAAGCAUGGAAAAAAGAUCAAUGGGACGUGGAAUGGAAUGAUUGGAGAGGUUGUCACCAAACGGGCCUAUAUGGCUGUGGGAUCCCUCACCAUUAAUGAGGAGCGUUCAGAAGUGGUGGAUUUCUCUGUGCCCUUCAUUGAGACGGGAAUCAGUGUCAUGGUGUCACGUAGCAAUGGAACUGUCUCACCUUCUGCCUUCUUAGAGCCUUUCAGUGCUGAUGUAUGGGUGAUGAUGUUUGUGAUGCUGCUUAUCAUCUCUGCGGUGGCUGUCUUCGUCUUUGAGUACUUCAGCCCUGUGGGCUAUAAUCGGUGCCUUGCUGAUGGCAGAGAACCAGGAGGUCCCUCUUUCACCAUUGGCAAAGCUAUCUGGUUGCUGUGGGGGCUGGUGUUCAACAACUCUGUGCCAGUACAGAAUCCCAAGGGUACCACUAGCAAGAUCAUGGUGUCGGUGUGGGCCUUCUUCGCUGUCAUCUUUCUGGCCAGCUACACUGCCAACCUGGCUGCCUUCAUGAUCCAAGAGGAAUACGUGGACCAGGUGUCUGGCUUGAGUGACAAAAAGUUCCAGAAACCAAAUGACUUCUCACCCCCUUUCCGCUUCGGGACAGUUCCCAAUGGCAGCACAGAAAGGAACAUUCGCAACAACUACCCUGAAAUGCACAGCUACAUGGUGAAGUUCAAUCAGAGGGGGGUGGACGACGCCCUGUUCUCACUGAAGACUGGGAAGUUGGAUGCUUUCAUUUAUGAUGCAGCAGUGCUAAACUACAUGGCUGGCAGAGAUGAAGGCUGCAAGCUGGUGACGAUUGGGAGUGGGAAAGUGUUUGCCUCCACUGGCUAUGGCAUUGCCAUCCAAAAGGACUCAGGCUGGAAGCGCCAGGUUGAUCUUGCGAUUCUACAGCUUUUUGGAGAUGGGGAGAUGGAGGAGCUGGAAGCUCUCUGGCUCACUGGCAUUUGUCACAAUGAGAAGAACGAGGUUAUGAGCAGCCAGCUGGAUAUAGAUAACAUGGCAGGUGUCUUCUACAUGUUGGGAGCAGCCAUGGCCCUCAGUCUCAUCACCUUCAUCUGUGAGCAUCUCUUCUACUGGCAAUUCCGCCACUGCUUCAUGGGCGUCUGCUCUGGCAAGCCUGGUGUGGUCUUCUCCAUCAGCAGGGGUAUCUACAGCUGCAUCCAUGGCGUGGCCAUCGAAGAACGCCAGUCAGCAAUGAACUCCCCCACAGCAACUAUGAACAACACCCAUUCCAACAUCCUCCGCCUGCUUCGGACAGCCAAGAACAUGGCCAACUUGUCAGGGGUCAAUGGCUCACCACAGAGUGCCCUGGACUUUAUCCGCCGCGAGUCAUCUGUCUAUGAUAUCUCUGAGCACCGCCGCAGCUUCACCCACUCAGACUCCAAAUCCUACAACAACCCCCCAUGUGAGGAGAACCUCUUUAGUGACUAUAUUAGUGAGGUGGAAAGGACCUUUGGCAAUCUCCAGCUGAAGGACAGCAAUGUGUAUCAGGACCACUACCACCACCACCACCGCCCCCAUAGCAUUGGCAGCACCAGCUCCAUUGACGGGCUCUACGACUGUGACAACCCGCCCUUCAAUGCCCAGUCGCGCUCCAUCGGGAAGAAGCCCUUGGACCUGGGGCUACCCCCUGCCAAGCACAGCCAGCUGGGUGACCUUUAUGGCAAGUUCUCCUUCAAGAGUGACCGUUACGGGGGCAGCGGGACCCACGACGACCUGAUCCGCUCGGAUGUCUCUGACAUUUCAACUCACACGGUCACCUAUGGCAACAUCGAGGGCAAUGCAGCCAAGAGACGGAAGCAGCAGUACAAGGACAGCCUGAAGAAGCGCCCAGCCUCUGCCAAGUCCCGGCGGGAAUUUGAUGAGAUAGAGCUGGCCUACCGCCGGCGCCCGCCCCGCUCACCUGACCACAAGCGCUACUUCAGGGACAAGGAAGGGCUACGGGACUUCUACCUUGACCAGUUUCGGACCAAGGAGAACUCACCUCACUGGGAACACGUGGACCUGACGGAUAUCUACAAAGAACGGGGAGAUGAAUUUAAGCGUGACACGGGAGGAGGGGGUGGAUCCUGCACUAACAGGGCCCAUCACAAGCACGGCUCAGGCGAGUUUGGUGGAGGCAACGAGCACAAGCAUGGCGUUGUGAGUGGGGUCCCAGCACCAUGGGAGAAGAACCUGACCAAUCUAGACUGGGAAGACCGGACCGGGGCUAAUUUCUGCCGCAGUUGCCCUUCUAAGCUGCACAACUACACGCAAUCAACGGUGGGGCAGAACUCCACCCGCCAGGCCUGCAUCCGCUGUGAGGCUUGCAAGAAAGCGGGCAACCUAUAUGACAUCAGUGAGGACAACUCGCUCCAAGAGCUGGACCAGCCGCCUGCCCCCGUGCCCGUGGCCACCAGUGCCACCUCCUCUUCCAAAUACCCUCAGAGCCCUUCCAAUUCUGCCUCCAAGGUGCAGAAGAAGAACCGCAACAAACUCCGCCGGCAGCACUCCUAUGACACCUUUGUGGACCUGCAGAAGGAUGACUCAGCCCUGGCCCCCCGCAGCGUCAGCCUCAAGGACAAGGGCCGCUUUUUGGAGGGGAGCCCCUACGCCCACAUGUUUGAGAUGCCAGCCAGUGAGACCACCUUUGCCAACAACAAGUCCUCAGUGCCCGCCACCAGCUACCACCACCAUAACAACCCCGGCAGCAGUGGGGGCUACAUGCUCAGCAAGUCGCUCUACCCCGACCGGGUCACCCAAAACCCUUUCAUCCCCACUUUUGGGGAUGACCAAUGCUUGCUCCACGGCAGCAAAUCUUAUUUCUUCAGGCAGCCUGUGGUGGCAGGAGGGCCCAAAGCCAGGCCAGACUUCCGAGCCAUUGUCACCACCAACAAGCCGGUGGUCUCAGCCCUUCAUGGGGCUGUGCCAGCCCGUUUCCAGAAGGACAUCUGUAUAGGGAACCAGUCCAACCCCUGUGUGCCUAACAACAAAAACCCCAGGGCUUUCAAUGGCUCCAGCAACGGGCAUGUUUAUGAGAAACUCUCCAGUAUUGAGUCUGAUGUUUGAGUGAGAGGGGAAGAGCGUGGGGAGGGACUGGGGGUGUAUGUGGAGCAUGGGAGGAUGGGGUGGGAUCUAUCCCAUCAGCUACUCUCCUGAGUCGUCCUUAGUUUGUGGGAUACUGGAGUUGUGAGUAGUGCAGCACUGGUGACAAGUGCCACCUCUUUGGUUUCCCCUCUUCCUCCUCCUUUCCCAAGCCUCCUGUUUUAUCUCUUUUUCCAUGUUCUCGCUCCUCCCAUUCUCCUCCAUUCCUGGCCAUUGCACUUUACAGUGAUGUUGGAGUUGGAUAUCCUUGCUCGUGAUUUCAGGAAGCAGAGAAAAAGGCAGGGAAGGGGUGGGCUGAGGAGGAGCAGCAGUGACUUUAGUGUUCACUUCUGCUG